CGUUCUAAGCAACAAGGAAGCCUUUGUGCUGUGUGGCGCUUUGCGGGAGGAGGACGAAGGCGCGUUCUCGCUGUUGGCGCCGUGUUCGUGAGCUCUGCCGCGCCUCCCCCGACGGGUUGUGGCGUCCCGUGGAUCCGAGCAUUGGCGCCGCUCGAUGGGAUUCGCGUGCCUGUGAGGCGGAUUUGCGAGAUUAUCGGUGCCAGGAUGAAGGACAGGGAGAUGAAGCUCAAUGUGGAGAAGAAGCAGCAAAGAUUCGUGCCGCUGGCGUUCAUGGUGAUCUUGCUGUGCGCGAUCUCGUUCUAUCUCGGCGGCGCCUUCAGCUCUACCAAGGCGCGUGUGAUUCAAGUCACGAGCGGCGCCCCCGCCUCGAAAGAUCCGAUCAGUAUCCAGUUAACCAAGGCGGAUUGCUCCAGCGCUUUCAAGCAGGAGCCAUUCCCAGAGUGUAACAUCACAUUCCAAGAUGUGACGCCUUGCACCAAUCCACUGCGAUGGAGGAAAUUCGAUAAGCACCGCAUGGCAUUUCGCGAGCGGCAUUGUCCUCCAAUGUCCGAGAGGUUUCAGUGCCUAGUUCCUCCGCCCGAUGGAUACAAGGUUCCUAUCAAAUGGCCGAAGAGCCGAGACGAAUGCUGGUAUAAAAACGUUCCAUUCGAAUGGAUCAACUCGGAGAAGGCUAACCAGAAUUGGCUUCACAAGAGUGGGGAGAAGUUCAUUUUUCCGGGUGGAGGAACCAUGUUUCCAAAUGGAGUGAACGAGUAUUUGGAUCAGAUGGAGGAGCUGAUUCCUGGCAUGAAGGAUGGAUCGGUUCGAACAGCAUUGGAUACUGGUUGCGGGGUGGCAAGCUGGGGUGGAGCUCUGCUGGAUCGUAACAUCAUAACCAUGUCACUGGCACCAAGAGAUAACCACGAAGCGCAAGUUCAGUUUGCUUUGGAGCGGGGUAUUCCUGCAAUCUUGGGCAUUCUUGCGACCCAGCGCCUUCCUUUCCCGGCCAAUGCUUUCGAUAUGGCACAUUGUUCGCGAUGUCUGAUACCUUGGACAGAGUUCGGAGGAGUUUUCCUUUUGGAAAUUGACCGUGUGCUGCGUCCUGGUGGUUUUUGGGUCCUUUCUGGUCCGCCUGUCAACUACGAGGUGCACUGGAAAGGAUGGGAUACCACAGAAGCGAAGCAGAAGGCCGAUCUGGACGCCAUCAAGGGCCUACUCAAGAAAAUGUGUUACACCCUGUACGCGACGGAAGGUGAUAUUGCUGUGUGGCAGAAGCCUGUGGAUACGACUUGCUACGAGAGUCGAGAGCCUUUGACGCAUCCUCCAAUGUGCGACGAUAGCAUUGAAACCGACGCUGCUUGGUACGUGCCAAUCAGAGCGUGCAUCGUUCCCCAGCCAUACGGUGCGAAAGGCCUCGCAGUUGGUCAAGUUCCAAAAUGGCCACAGCGGCUGUCCAGUUCACCAGACAGGCUCCGAUACAUCUCGGGUGGCAGCGCCGGCGCUUUCAAAAUCGAUUCGCGCUUUUGGGAGAAGCGCGUGAAGUACUACAAGACUCUCCUUCCGGAGCUGGGCACAAACAAGUUCCGAAACGUCAUGGACAUGAACACCAAGUAUGGAGGCUUCGCAGCAGCUCUGACGAACGAUCCCGUCUGGGUGAUGAACACAGUCUCCUCCUACGCAGUGAACUCCUUGGGCGUUGUUUUCGACCGAGGUCUCCUUGGCACACUGCACGACUGGUGCGAGGCGUUCUCGACGUAUCCACGAACGUAUGAUCUUCUCCACUUGUCCGGCCUCUUCACUGCGGAGAGCCACAGGUGUGAGAUGAAAUUCGUGAUGCUGGAGAUGGAUCGCAUUCUCAGGCCGGAGGGCCACGCGAUCAUCUCCGACUCGCCGGAGUUCGUGGAGAAGGCGGAGAUCAUCGCUCGGGCAAUGCGGUGGGACUGCACUCGAUACGACAGUGCAAAGAAUGGCGAGGAGCCGGUUCUCAUCUGCCAAAAGGAGCUGUGGAAGGCAUCACCAGCAUCCGACAGUGACGUGAUUGAGUGAAAGAGUAGUAGGCCGCGAUUCGUUGGGCGUUGUAAUCGAGCGCAGUGGCGACGGCCACGCCCCAAAAUUUUGUCAAAGUUGUAUCAACUACUUGGAAUUGGUUUCUCUUAAACUUGAGUCGUUGACUUUUGUAAGCUUUAA